UUAAGAACAAUAGCUGUAUAAUAUUAAUUCUUUUCGUUGUGCAAAAAUGGCGCGUGUGCUUGUAGGUGUAAAAAGAGUAAUCGAUUAUGCAGUGAAGAUUCGUGUGAAACCGGAUAAAUCCGGGGUAGUUACAGAUGGUAUUAAACAUUCAAUGAAUCCUUUCGAUGAGAUAGCUGUGGAAGAAGCAGUCAGAAUGAAGGAAAAGAAAAUAGUUCAGGAAAUAAUAGCAGUUAGUUGUGGACCAACACAGUCGCAGGAUACAAUCAGGACUGCACUCGCUAUGGGUGUGGAUCGUGGAAUUCAUGUAGAAAUAUCCGGUCCCGAAUAUCAGAUAUUGCAACCCAUUCAUGUCUCAAAGAUACUAGCCAAACUGGCACAGGAUGAGAAAGUGGAUUUGGUGAUACUUGGUAAACAAGCCAUAGACGAUGAUAACAAUCAAACCGCACAAAUGACUGCUGGUAUUUUGGAUUGGCCAUCUGGCACUUUCUGCAGCAAGAUUGAUAACAAUAAUGGCGAAUUGACUAUUACACGCGAGAUUGAUGGUGGCCUAGAAAUCGUUAAGAUGAAAACUCCAGCAGUUCUUAGUGCCGAUCUUCGCCUGAAUGAACCACGAUACGCGACUUUGCCAAAUAUUAUGAAGGCUAAGAAAAAACCCAUUAAGAAAAUUACUGUAAAAGAUCUUGGAGUAGACGUGACACCAAGAAUUGAAAUACUGUCAGUAGAAGACCCACCAGUUAGGCAGGCUGGUGCUAUAUUGCCAGACGUGGACACUUUGAUAGCCAAAUUAAAAGAAAGUGGCCACGUUUAGCAAAGCCAUAGGAUAAUUGUAAAAAUAACAAAAGUUAUCUUUUAACUGUUAUAUUUUGAUAACUUGUUUUGUAUAUAGUAUAAUGCUUUUGUACAUCGUCAGAAAUUGUAUAUGAUAUAUAUAUAUUUCAAUAUAAAUUUGUACCGCAAAACGCGUGUGCGCUCAUAGGGAGAAAAGAAAGUUAAAUAUAAUUAGGGAUAUACGUUUAAUAAAAUACUGCCUAUAACACGAAUUU